AUGAGAAUUCGUCUUCCGGAGAUGGUUCUUCAAGCCAAGAAAAUUAUUCACCGCCACCGCCGUUACCACCACCUAUCAUCGGCCCAUAAUCAGGUCGUCCCAAAAGGACAUUUUGCGGUGUAUGUCAGCGAAGAUCCGGCUGAGAAGAAGCGGUUUGUGGUUCCAAUCUCGUACUUGAAGCAUCCUUUGUUCCAAGAGUUGUUGUUCAAGGCUGCUGAGGAGUUUGGUUUUGAUCAUCAAAUGGGUGCAAUUACCAUUCCUUGCGCUGAAAAGGAUUUCAUCAAUCUUACUUCCUGUUUGAAAUAUUGCUCAUGA